AUGACGGCGAUGUCUGGAAUACUCCCUCCUGAACUCAUACUGGAAAUUCUGUCAUGGCUUCCUGUGUUGAGUCUUAUGCGCUUCAGAUGCGUUUCAAAAACAUGGAAAUUUCUUAUAUCCGAUCCUUAUUUGGUGAAAUUGCAUCUUGAGAGGUCUUUUAGAAACCCACACAUCCUUUUACUGGCGACACAGGGAUACAAGAAUCCAUGUUUCUUGGCUCGUUUAUGCUCUUUACCUUGUUUAAUCCAAAACCCUGCACCCUAUUUUUGUGGUCGUACCUUGCGCUGCCCCAGACCGUAUAAAUAUUUAUUCGGUUCUUGCAAUGGUUUGCUUUCUCUCCAUAAGUCUCUUUCCACAAAAGAGUAUGAAGAGCACUGGGUCUGCUUUUGGAACCCUGCCACCAAAAUUUGCUCCGAACCUUCACCAAGAUUGCGUCUCAAUUUCGGCAUUCGUGAUCGGAAUUGUAUUCAUUUUGGGUUUGCGUAUGAUGAUCGGAGGGACAGUUACAAGGUGGUGGCAAUGGUUUUGGAUCCGAGUACACGUCAAACGAAUGUGUGGGUUUACUGCAUGGGUGAUGUAUGUUGGAGACUUACUUUAAUGACCUCUCCGGCUUUUCUCGCUCUUGACAGUAAUGGAUACUCUGUGAAUAGCACUGUUAACUGGAUAGGAAUUUCUUUUCAAGAACCGAAGAAGCCAAAAUUUUUUUCAUAUGAUCUAAAUAACGAUACUUGCAGAUGUUUGUCUAUGCCCGAAUUCGCCUCCAAAAAUUCUGCUUUUCCUUCUAUGGGUGUUUUGAAUGGUUGUCUUUGUCUUUCUUUAGAUAUAGAGAGGACAAUCAUUGAGUUAUUUGUAUUGAAGGACGUUCGAGACGAAAGAUCUUGGAGUCUGUUGGUGAGUAUAAGUUAUGAAACUCUGAAUAUCUCUCCGUAUUCCUAUAAGCUGCGGAUUUUGGGCAUGUUGGGUGAUCUUCUGUUGCUCGCAUAUUCAAAUUGGGAUGCUUACACUAUCCUCAUUACCUUUAACUUGAAGGAAAAUAAAGUAGAACGUACUCGAACUUACAAGAAGAACUCUCUCAGUCACAUCUUCUCCUGUCACUAUAUUCCAAGCUUGAUUUGA